AUGCAUGCGGCGCGAUUUGUUGGAGCGCUUAACCUUUUGAAAGUGCUGCGUGGCGAUUAUGAACAUAAAGCAGCGGAGUCUUGUGUGGAUAUCGCUUGGCUGAUAUUGCAUAUAUUAAGAGCUAUUUUGUAUGUGGAAGCAUCGCACCAAAUAAGCAAAGAAGUGGACAUUAUAAGGCAUCAAGUAGGAGAAUUAUCUCUACUCGUCACAUCAGUCGGUCAGAAGAUUCCCUUAGAAGUUGACAUAUUUCAACUAGUCGUGUUAGAGAAUUAUCCUGAGACGAUUCCGAUGGGUUUCUUUACAGUGUCUCGAACAUUGCUGGGUCCGGUACUUGGAGUUGUGUUAAAGCUUCGUGUGGUUAAUCCUUGGUUGUGUUGUUGUCAAUGA